UUAUUUUUUAAGUAUUACAUUUUGUCACUAGUGUCAUAUCUUUUUUCCAAUUAAUAAUAAAAAUAUUAUUGUGAAUCGUAAAAAACAACAAAAUAUCUAACAAUCGCCUCUAAACCUGUUAGUUGCCAACAUGUCCCGCGCUUCGACCCGCUUCGACACGAAAAAAGUGAAUUCCGAAUUGGUCACUCUAACCUAUGGCGCUUUGGUGACCCAAAUGAUAAAAGACUUGGACAACACCGACGAUGUGAGUAAGCAGUUGGAGCGGUUAGGUUACAACAUGGGCGUGAGACUGAUUGAGGAUUUCCUUGCCAAAACAGGAACCGGCCGUUGUUUGGACCUGAAAGACACGGCGGACAAGAUCCAGAGCGCUUUUCGCAUGUAUUUGGGGGUACAACCAAAUGUGGCUAAUUGGAGUGCAGCUGGCGACGAAUUUUCCUUCAUUUUGGACACUAACCCCAUGACGGAUUUGGUAGAACUCCCUGAUGAAUUGAAGAGUUUGAAGUACUGCAACGUGAUUUGUGGGGUCAUCAGGGGGGCUCUGGAGAUGGUCCAGUUGGAUGUGCAGAGCUGGAUUGUUCAAGACCAGUUGAAAGGGGAUCAAAACACGGAAAUCAGGGUUAAAUUCAUCAGGAGAUUAGAAGACGCGAUGCCGGCAGGGGAAGAUUAAAUUAUAUUGUCUCAUGUUUGAAUUGUACCGCGUUUUCUAUAAAUUUUGCUACUGCUAGGAGCACAUUUUCGCUCAAGUUUCGCCCCAUAAGUUGUAAACUGAUCGGCAUUCCGUUACUUGAUAAUUUGAUAGGGAUUGUAACUGCAGGAAUUCCUGAAAAAUAACAAUUAAUAAUUAUUUCGUACAAAAAUAUUUUAAUUACCGGCCAUGUUCGCCGGUUGUGUACAAUAAUCCUGCAAAGCACACUGUUCUCUGUUCGUUUUUUGUACAAAAUCGUUGUAUAAAGGAGCUGUAGUUAGU